AUGGGUGAUUCAGCGGAUUUAAACAUUUUCAAAAAAACAUGUUCGCAAAUUGAUAAAUUUAGUGAGAAAUUCAGCAAUUUAACAUCUGAGAAGAAAACUAAAAAUUAUUUGCUAGGAUUAUUGAGUGUUUUGGAUAUACAUUUUACAAAAGCAUGUGAGUUAUACGAUACUCUUCAAGGUUCAGAAGAUGAUGAAAUAGAUUUAGAAUGGUGUGAAGAACAAUACGAUACCACUAUGGAUACUUGCCUUUCGUAUAAAGCUGCUGUUUUAGAUGAGUUAGAUAGGUUAGAUAGUUUGGCAUUCGCUAAGAAUUUAAAAGAUGAAGAUAGAAAUGGUGCCAAAUCCGAUAACCGCCGGGAAUCUUUUAUCAAUAACAAGGUUAAACCAUCAACCUCCCGUGAAAUAAAACUUCCUGCGAUAACUCCCCCAACGUUCUAUUGGGACUACAAUAAUUGGCGUCCAUUUCAUGAUCUCUUCGUAUCUCUAAUUCAUAACAAUUCAUCUCUGUCGAAAAUAGAAAAGUUAACAUAUUUGAAAACUUGUUUAAAGGGUAGUGCAGCUUCGUUGUUAGAUUACCUUGAAGUCAACAAUGACAAUUAUGACCAGGCAUGGUCAAUUUUGGUAACGCGUUACAACCAUAAGCGGAUCUUAGUCACCACACAGCUAAAAACUUUUUUCGAUCAGCCAACAAUCAGCGUUGAAACAGCAGAUUCCAUCAAGGGCCUGUUAGACAAGUCAACAGAGGUGCUUCAUGCUUUGAAGAAUUUAGGUGUUCCUGUAGAUGGUUGGGAUAUGGUAGUGGUCUUCACUCUCCUGCAAAAAUUGCCAACAAAAACUCAACAAAUGUGGGAAGAAAAGUUAGGUUUGAGUACAGAACUACCUACCUUUAAAGAUUUUUCAACCUUUUUGGAAACUAGGUUUCGUUCUUUAGAGGUCGUUUGUCAGCAAAAUUCCAAGCCCAAAUCUAACAUGAAUUCGAGUAAGGAACAGUCGAAACUGAAACCAAAGGUGUUGCAUAUGAAGUCGGUGAGAAAAGAGAAGUAUAGCUGCGCAGUUUAUCACAAGGGUCAGCAUUCACCUUGUUCAUGCCACUCAUUUUUAAAGCUGGAUGUUCCUGCAAGGUUGAAACAUGUAAAACAGAUAGGCGUUUGCGAAAAUUGUUUAGCUUACAACCACAAAACUUUUCAAUGUCCAAGUGAAAAACGGUGUUUUUAUUGCAACCUGAAACAUCACACACUGUUGCACAAUAGUCAGCGUGAUCAAAAUUCUAGCUCCAGCCAAGGUUUCCAGAAUUCACAAGUCAAUCAAGCGAGUGGUUCUAACUUGAAUUCAGCUGCAAAUAAUAAUUCAAAUUCACAAUUUGGUACUUCAAAUAAUAAUCAAAAUACAAACCCGAUCAAUCCAAAUGCAAAACCAUUCAAUCCAAAUAGUGGACAAGCAACCACUUCUCAAAAUUAUCACGUCUCAAAUCCUUCGAACACUGUGGUGUUACUUGCUACAGCAGUCAUCCAAAUACAAGCAGCCAACGGAGAAUUCAUCAGUUUGAGAGCGCUGAUAGAUCCUGGUUCAGAAUCAACAUUCAUCACUGAACGAGCUGUCCAACAACUUGGUUUGAAAAAAUGUCGCACCUUAAUGGAAUUCUCUGGAUUGGGAAAUAACAAAAAUGGUUCGUGUCACAACUUUUUCGAUAUGAAAAUCAAAUCUAUACAUACCUCUUUUGAAACGGAUGCUAGGGCGUUUGUUCUCAAAACUAUAACUGGUUUACUUCCCAACAGAGAAGUGCUUCCUAAUCAAUGGGGUCACAUUCAGGAUUUGUGUUUAGCUGAUCCUUCUUUCUUUAAGCCGUCUAGUGUUGAUUUGCUCCUAGGUAGUGGUGUCUUUGCUGAGGUCGUUUUGCCAGAAAUUGUUAGGGGUAAUGAGCCUGUGGCACCAAUUGCUCAGAAUACUCAACUCGGUUGGAUUGUUUUUGGCAAUGCGCCAAUUCAAACUUGCCGUGUCCACCUGCAGCUUGUUGAUAUCGAUACUCAGUUUCGAAAAUUUUGGGAAAUCGAAGAAGCACCAUUUGAAAAUCCAGAAACUGCAGAAAACAUCGCUUGUGAGGAGCACUUCAAAACCCACACCAGACGUUUGCCAGAUGGAAGAUUCGAAGUUUCACUACCAUUCAAAGAAGGUGUUCGACCAGCACUAGGAGCAAGUCAACAGGGAGCACUGCGAAGAUUUCUCCAGCUUGAAAGAAGAUUCGACAACAAUCCUCAACUACAGAAGGAGUACUCAGCGUGCAUGUCCGAGUAUAUUCAGCUCGAUCAGAUGGAAAAAGUAGAUGUCAGCCAAGGUGAAAUUCUCCAAUCUCCAUUCCACUAUGUUGUGCCACAUCAUGCCGUGUUCAAGGAAUCCAGUACAACAACGAAGCUGAGGGUAGUUUUCGAUGCUGCUUUUAAAACUACAAAUGGAACUUCGUUAAAUGAACAUCUUUUGGUUGGACCUAAAACACAAUCAAAUAUAAUGGACAUCAUAUUAAAAUGGAGGAAAUUCAAGAUUACCUUGACGGCUGACAUCGAAAAAAUGUACCGGCAGAUCCAGAUGAAAAAACCAGAUACUUUUUAUCAGCUGAUUUACUGGCGAGACAACAAGAUGAGUCCUCUGCAGCUAUAUCGAUUAAAAACCGUCACUUUUGGAACAGCAUCCGCUCCAUAUUUGGCUACUCGCACGUUAAACAAACUUGCUGAUGACGAAAAGGACAAAUAUCCAUUGGCAGCCCAGAUGAUACGUCACGAUAUGUACGUUGAUGAUUUGGUCAGCGGAGCAGACUCAGUACAAGAAGCUCAACAAAAAGUAGCUGAAAUCAACCACCUUCUAUCAUCAGCUGGUUUCCAUUUACGCAAAUGGGCGAGCAAUUCUGAAGAUGCUUUGAUCAAUAUUGCACCCCAAGAACGUGAAGUUGAUUUUCUGCUGCCUUUCGAUUCAUCAGAACACAUAAAAACCUUGGGCAUUAAAUGGCUUCCUGCAAGCGACUCAUUCACUUUUCAGUGGACUCAAUCCAAAACAGCUGAAGUUACCAAACGGACCAUCUUAUCAACCAUUGCUAAGCUUUUCGAUCCACUUGGUUGGAUUUCUCCGUGCGUAAUUUCUGCGAAAAUUAUUAUGCAAAAAUUGUGGGUAAAGGGUUUAGCAUGGGAUGUUCCUGUUCCACUCGAUCUGCAACGAGAAUGGUUUGCUUUACGAGCAGAUUUGCCAAGUCUCGAAAAAAUUCGAAUACCAAGAUGGAUUUGUACUGAAAAAGAAAAUUUGGAGUUAGAGUUGUACGGUUUUAGUGACGCUUCUAUGAAAGCAUAUGGGGCAGUAGUCUACCUUAGAGUUCUGAACAGAAGCAACAAAAUUCACACUCACCUUGUUAUGUCCAAAACUAGAGUCGCUCCUCUUAAUACAGUUUCGCUUCCUAGACUUGAGUUAUGCGGGGCUGUUAUGUUAGCUCGUCUUUUAUGUCAUGUAAAAGAUGUUUUACAACUAGGCCAGAUCAAAACAUACGCGUGGACUGAUUCCACAAUCACAUUAUGUUGGAUUGCUGCACCACCAUCAAAGUGGAAAACAUUCAUUAGCAAUAGAGUGGCCGAAAUUCAGAGGUUAACGAACGUAAACAUUUGGAAUCACGUUCCCACUAAACUGAAUCCUGCAGACUUAUCAUCGAGAGGAAUUUCGCCAUCAGAAUUAAAAGCCAACACGCUUUGGUGGCGAGGACCAGAAUAUCUUCAAACAAACUGGAAAUUUACUUUUCCCAGUCCAGCAAGAACGUACGAAACUGAAGAAGAAUUGAGACCAGUAAAAAUCCAUUGUGCCAUAGAAUCUGAAAAUCGAGUUUCAACAUUAUUUCAUAAAACAUCAGAUUUUAGAAAACUAGUACGAAUCAUCGCUUAUUGCCGGAGGAUUGUACGAUUUUGCUUGAAAAAACUCCCGAUGAAGGAAAUAAUUUCACCACUUACCACUAUCGAGUUACAAUAUGCAACAUCCAACUGUAUCAGAGCUGCCCAAAAAGUGACGUUUCCUGAAGAAAUUUCGGACCUUAUCAAGAAUCCAUCAUCAUCGAAACAUUUUGGAGCACUGCAUCCCUUCAUUGACCGAAAUGGUAUACUUCGAGUUGGAGGACGUCUUCAAAAUUCAAAUUUACAAUAUGAACAACAACAUCCUGUUAUUUUAAAACCAGAACAUGUCCUUUCGAAGUUGCUUGUCAGAGAAGCACAUGAAAAAACGCUCCAUGGUGGACUCCAGCAAAUGGUCACCUAUCUUCGCAACAAAUAUUGGAUUUUCAAUCUAAAGAGAAGUGUGAAAAAAUAUAUUCAUGACUGUAUAAUUUGCUUCCGAUUUAAGGCCAAACCAAUGCAACAACUAAUGGGUAACUUACCAGCUGCUCGUGUCAGAGUCUCCCGACCAUUUACACAUACCGGAGUAGACUAUGCCGGACCGAUCGAAGUUAAGGCCUGGAAAGGACGCGGAGGCAAGGUUCACAAGGGAUAUUUUGCGAUAUUCGUUUGUUUAUCCACCAAGGCAGUCCACUUGGAAGCCGUAAGUGAUAUGACCACGCAGGCAUUUUUGGCAGCAUUCAGGAGGUUUACUGCACGUCGAGGUGUUUGCACUGAAAUAUACAGCAACUGCGGCAAAAACUUCGUAGGCGCCAAUACUGAGCUCCAAAAGAUGAUGAAGGCUGCAGAAAUAGAUUGGCAGCAUAUCUCAACAACAACAACAAACGUCGGAACCAAAUGGAACUUCAUUCCUCCCGCUUCUCCCCAUUUCGGUGGAUUAUGGGAAGCCGGAGUGAAAUCCGUAAAGUUUCAUUUGAAACGGGUUGUCAGAAAUGAAACCCUUACAUUCGAGGAGCUCAGCACGCUUCUGACCGAAAUAGAAGCGUGUUUAAACUCGAGACCUCUUUGUCCAGUUUCCGACAACAUUGACGACUUCGAAAUUCUCACGCCUGCACAUUUCCUGUUUGGAACAUCGGCCCAUCUAAUACCAGAAGCGGACUUGGCAGAAAAGAUUUCCAACCUUGAUAGGUGGAAUAAAAUCCAAAUUGCUGUCCACUCCUUUUGGAAGCAGUGGAGCAGCGAGUAUUUAGCUCGUCUUCAGCAACGACCGAAAUGGUUGAAAACGGAAACACAGCCCAAAAUCGGAGACCUGGUUUUGCUGAAAGAUGAGCGUUUGCCACCAUCACAAUGGGCCCUUGCACGAAUCACAUCGUUAAUACCAGGAAAAGAUGAUCUUACUCGUGUUGUCAAAAUUAAAACGCAAUCUGGAGAGUUCAAAAGACCAAUUACAAAACUAUGCCUACUACCGUCAAACAAAACCUCAGACGAAAAUGCUACUAUCUAA